CUAUAAACUUGAAGCUGUGACAGCCUUAACAGAGCAGCUAGAUUUUUAGCAGUUGUAAAAAAUAAACUUUUACAUGUUCUGUCCAAAUACUGAAACAUAUCACAGGAUACUAUGUGUCUGGUCGAUUAAUAUUUGACAGUUCCCUGGACAACUAGCUAGCCAUCUACCCUUGAUGCAAAGCCGUACAACAAUCUCUGAGAACCGUGCCAUGGAUUCAGAACGACAGAAACGAAGGGAGGAGAUCCACAAAGCUAUGAGCUUUAUUCAGUCCUCCUUGCCAUUCCCGGAGCCUGAGGGUUAUGAGGCAUUUCUGACCCAGUUGGUGUGUAACUUGCUGGACGAGGGCAACAUGGUGUUCCGGGAUGGGGAGUGGAGGCAGGCAGCCCAGCACUACAGUGAGGGGGUGAACGUGGCGCGCUAUGCCCAGGCUGAGGCUCUGGUCAUCCCCCCUAAGCUGCUGGAGAGCCUUUACGUCAAUAAGGCUGCAGCACACUAUCAUAUUGGGGAGUAUGAGCGGGGCGUGCAAGACUGCGACAGCGCACUGUGUGUGUCUGAGGGCAGUCGUAGAGUCCUCUACAGAAAGGCUCUCUGUCUGAGGGAGCUGGGAAAGUUCAGGGAAGCCUAUGAGUGUGGCACAGGGUGCCUGCUCACCGCCCCACAAGACAGGCAGGUGAGUGAGCUGGCCCAGGACCUGGCCAAUAAACUGGGUUUGAAGGUCCGCAAGGCCUAUAUCAGUGCUCAGGUGGAAUCCACAUCACCAGGAGGGGAGGGCCAUGGAGACAACUCUCCGCCCACAGGAGAGACGUCUUCCAACGGUUUAGAGUCUUUAGACAUUGGACCAGCUGACCUGUCCAGUGCCCAGUGUAUCCCUGCCCCUUUAGCCACGCCCAUCCCCGUCAGCGAUGACCCCGCCACCCCGGUGGUGACCCCAUGUGCUGACCUGUCGGAGAGCCCCAGCAGCCAGGGACAGGCACCCAUGCCCUACUCCGUGCCUGUCUCGGAGCACAUGGACACCAUGGAGGGAUGCAGCGUCAUGAACGACCAGCUGGACAGCCUCCUGGACUGCAUCCCCAAGAAAGUCAGUGAGAGCCCUGUCCAGGGCGCCAUCCCCACCAACCUCCCCAACACGGCGGUGGGCCUGCGCUCCCCAUACGCCUCCAACCUCCCGGCCCCCUCACCCCAGCUACCACCUGCCUACUUCAGCUCUUCCGUCAGCCAAAUGUCUCCCCUGGAACCCUACCCUCCGCUGGGUCAGAGAGAACAGCGGGAACAGAGCUCCAGCCAGGUGCUGGAUGUCCUGGGCAGCUUCUCCCAGGGAGCUGGGGUUGGGGAGGCUGAGGGGAAGGCAGGGGUUGGAGGGCUGGACUCCCUCUCAGAGUACACCCUGCCUGGGGGAAGAAUCUCGCAUAGCUUCAUUCCAGGGAUACGCAACCACAACUCCUCUCACACAAACGGUCCUGCGGGCACCAACCUGUCCCUGCUCUCCAGAAACCCCCUGGCCACCACGCACGAGUUCCGCCAAGCCUGCCAUGCCUGCUACAGCCGCAUAGGUCCACGGGUCAUGGACUACCAGUACCAGCCAGAGGCGGCCCACCGCUGUAAGAGAGACGUUCUGCUCUGUCGCCUCAAGAACACGGACGACCCCACCUGGAAGAGGGUCCGACCCAGGCCGGCCCGGAACAACUUCCUGGGAGCGUUCGUGCUCUGCAAAGAGGUGCAGGAGCGUCAGGAGUGCCAGUAUGGGGAGAACUGCACGUUUGCGUACUGCCAGGAGGAGAUCGACGUGUGGACCCAGGAGAGAAAGGGAGCCCUGAGCAGGGAGCUGCUGUUCGACCCCCUGGGCAGCACGGAGAGGCGGGCCCUCAGCGUCACGCGGCUGCUGCAGCUGCACAUGGGCAUGUUCAUGUUCCUCUGUGAGGAAUGUUUUGACAGUAAGCCUCGCAUCAUCAGCAAACGCAGCAAGGAGAACCUGGCUGUGUGCUCCAACCUCACCGCCAGACACCCAUUCGACGACAACAAGUGCCUGGUGCACGUGGUGAGGUCUGCCAAUGUGCGCUACAGUAAGGUACGGCCCCUGCACCCGCUGUGCCAGUUUGACGUGUGUCGUCACGAGGUGCGUUACGGCUGCCAGAGGGAGGACAGCUGCUCCUUCGCCCACUCUGUCAUCGAGCUCAAGUGCUGGGUGCUACAGCAGGACACAGGUAUUACUCAUGAGGAGAUGGUGCAGGAGUCCAAGAGGCACUGGCACAGGCUGGAGCAGAACGCACAGAGGCAGAAGCCUAUACACAUCCCACACCAAAGCAGUGGUUUUAGUGGUGGAGGAAUCGGGGGAGGUGGAGACGGUAUGGGAGGAGGUGGUGUUAGCUCAGGGGGAUGCCUUGCAGGAGGAGGAGGAAGAGGCAGGGGGCUGAACCUGAAGAUGAAGUUCGUGUGCGGUCAGUGCUGGAGAGACGGUCAGGUCAACGAGCCAGACAAAGCACUCAAGUACUGCACUGCCAAGGCCCGACACAGCUGGACUAAGGAGCGGAGGGUGCUGUUAGUCAAGUCGUUUGAGAAGAAGAAGUGGGUGGUAGUACGACCUCUGCCUUUCUCCCGCACCUACCCACAGCAAUACGACAUGUGUGUGCACGUGAUGAAGCAGAAGAAGUGCCACUACAUCGGGAACUGCUCGUUCGCCCACAGUCAGGAGGAGAGAGACGUCUGGACGUACAUGAAGAACAACAGCUUGAGGGACAUGCAGCAAAUGUACGACAUGUGGCUCACGAUGACCAAUCAAAACAGGCGCACCGAUGGAUCGCUCAUGACCCCGCCCCCAGAGGAGAAACAAGUCUCCAUGACAACAGAUUACUCAGAGUCCAUGGGUGGGAGGCGGUUGUCAGAAGGGGGAGAACUGUAAUGGUGGUGGUGUUGGCCUUGUAAGGUAGAACGACAGAGGAGACACUACGCUACCACAACACACUAGCCCCUGCCAGCCUGCUAUCAGUCUGGGCACACACACGCACACACCUCUGGGACAGUGUCUCCCUUCCCCAAGCACCUGAUAAAGCAAUGCCAAACAGGCUCACGCACACACACAUACACACACACACAAACAGACCCAUGACUAGAUGAGUGUAUGUAAGGAAUAGCCAUUCUUGAUUUCAGUGUGAACCUGAGUGUAUUUUCCAGCAUAUGGCAGGUGUUCUAAACUUGACACAGAAGCCCUUCCCCCUACAGUAGGUAUCCACUGAAAGUACAUGAACCACCAGGCAAAGAGUAGAACUUUCCAGAAGCCCUUAUUCCAUAGAUUAUCGCUCUAUAAACGGGUCCUUGUUAUUUCAAGGGGGCUACAUUCUACAACCAAAUCCUACCCCCCUUCCCUUCUGGGAAUGUAGAGAGAGGGAGGAGAGACAAAGAGUGAAUUCUUGGACAAAUGUUUUGUUCAACAUUUGGCCAUGGGAGUGGUAUUUGGCUCUAUAUGUCUGCCAUAUUGGCAGAGGACUAUGAAUGUAAAGCCUAACCAGGCCUUUGAUGAGUAAGUCAAACACAAUACAGUUGUGGAAUGUAUUUGAUCAAAUGUAAUGAUAACCCCCCCCCCCCUUACAGAUGGAUUCCGUGGGACAAGGAACACAUAAAAAGCCCUACCAUAACCCUGUUAUGCACUGAGUGGUCAUUAGAAUGAGGUAGCUACUGUUGGCAUUGGAGGGUCACAGGACUACGGUAUUGCAGGUCCCUGUAUAUCUACAGCCAGAGUUUGAAGUAUGACUAGUUGGAACAAUGACAAACAAGAAAUAAGGGUAAAACCUUUGGCCAAAAAACUAAUGUUUUGAGCCUGAAUAAUUAACAUACAACAAACAUAUGGGAAAUUGACACCUCAUUGUUGCAACUCUUCACAUUUACUACUGGAAACGCCUGCACCUGUACCAGAGUAAAGGCCUGAUUGUGUGUAGCCGGCCCUAGUUGAUUAUGAUCUCUUGAAGAAAAGAAAAAAAAGAGCGAUAAAUAAAAUCAAGGAAUUGAAUCCUCACAAGAUUAAAUCUAGUCUGUAAAGAGAAAUACAAACUACAAAUCAUCAAAUUUGAUUGAGUGAUCAAAUGAUGACAACUGUACUCACAAGUUAAAAGUGGAAAGACAGAAAAGCAUUUGUCAUUUUUAUCAGUUCAACUGAGGCCGCUAUAUAAAGAGAACUUGCCCUUCAAAUGUAUACCUGUGCUGGUCCCUGAGGGAACACUGAUGGGGUAGUAUUAGAGGAGGAAGUGAUAAGCAUCAUAUGAUGUGCCUAAUAUACAAGCACACACACUCACACACAAACUCAUUUACGUGAUGAAAAAGGCAUGGCUUGUCUAGCCAGGACUUGUCAUGGCAAGCACCUGCAGUAGACAUGGGAUGUCUGUAUUCAUGAACGUUAUACACACAUUAUAUAUAUAUAUUUACAGAUAUUGGUAUACUACUAAUGAUAAUUGAUAACUUAGCAGUUAAGCUUAAUUAAAUAUAACCUGAACCUUGUAUUGAUUACAUAGAACCUCUUGUUAUUGAGCUAUGCUAUAUGACAUGUAUCGCUGAUCUAGAUGACUAUAGUAAUUAUUUUGCUUCUGUGAGGGCCAUUCCAGGGGCACAUGCUCUCAUUUUGUGGAGACUGUUUGAAUUAAAGGGGGGGGGGCAGAAGAUUGCAGAAGAUAAUGCAUCCCCCUCAUCUGUAUGAGUCAAGUCUUUUUAGUUAAGGCUAGAACAACAAACUCUACUUUUCCUAUAAAUGCUUUGGGAAACCUUGGGAGCCUUACUUACCCUACUGAACACACCUGUUUUCUUCAUUUGUAAACCAAUCAAAUACAAUAUGUGAGGAAAUCAUGUAUGAACGCAAGAAACACCAGCUAAAUAAACCUACCCAGACUGUUAACUGACAGAAUAACUGUCUAAUCAGAAUAGUCAUAGAGGGGUGAGUGGGAGGGACUAGCACUGGAAUGGCCCAGGUAUCUGCUUCAUUGAGGGAUUGUAUAACUGCUACUACUAUUAUUAUGAUGAAGAUGAUGACGAUUAGGAUUGCUAUUAUGAAAAUGUCUAUUCUCCCAUAUGCUAUUGAUAUACGUAUAUGUUAAUUGCUAUGUAUAACUCUCUCUUUAUAUGUAUCCAUGUAUGAAAUAUAAUACUUUACAGUAAAUGGGCAUCUAUGUAUGCAGGCAGGCAGGCUCAAACAGGAAGACUGAGCACAUCAAAUCAAAGCUGCUAACACAUUGUCUUUGUCUUAAAAUCCCAUAGGCUGUAAAACAUAACUGUCCAAGUAUAACCGCCACUAGACUGGUAAAUAAUUACAGACAGUGGGAGAAUAUGUCAGACUUGGAUGUCCAGUUGUCUAAUGUGAAGGGGAUUAUUAGAGUACAUUUGUGUUACAGGUUGUAAUACCAGCUUUCUACAAGGUCAAUCAGUUUUAUAAAAGAAUGUUUGAUUCAUGUGCAUAGCUGCACCUGAAUACAUAUUCUCUCAUCAGGGCUGAAAUACCUGCAAUGUUAAUGUCAGUGAUGACAGCUCACAUUGUACCUGCGAAGACAGAUCAUGAUCAAGAACAUGCAUAGACGCCUGUAUACGUCAGUAUAGCGCCUUAUUCAGUAUACCUAAUAUAAGAUGAAAUAUAUAUCCCUAUUGUAUAAUCCUACUUUCUCUAUAUAUGAUACAUAUACUGUAUACCUAUUAUGACACCUAGACACUCUUAUAAGGUAUUUAGAUAAGAGGAGUUGGCAGAAGGUGUUUUUAGUUUUCCCUGGUUGCUGUCUGAAGAGGUCAAAGGUCAGUGUCUGAUGUAGUAAUUUGCAUAUGACGGCUGAGGACUACACGUUCUCUGGACAAGUAUAACUACUGUGUCCAAUUGAACAGUUUUAAGAACCGAUAACGUUGGUCCUAAACCGGAUCCUAAUUUGACCUUCUUUGCAUUUUCUGAGAGGUUAAGAUGGGUGUAAGCAAUACAUUAAGUUUAUUCACCAUUGGCUUGUUAUAGAGUUGCCACCAUAUCGCUUCUACUUGUUCAGUCUGCUCAAAACUCAGCAAGUGCAGAGGGAGAUGAGGCUUAUGGGUAGACUUUGGACUGGAUGUUGUUUCUGAUAAUAGAACCGUUGGCACUUCACUCUGCAUUAUUUGCAGUUUCUGAUAAUAGAACCUUUGGCACUUCACUCUGCAUUAUUUGCAACAGACAUCUGUGAGAAAACAAGGUGGACAUGGAGGUAGAGAUGAGAAGAAUUCAACUGACAGCAGCUGUUGUUUCGGAGACUCAUGAUUUUAGUGGAAUAUUGCACAUCUAAUUGUCCAUACAAUAGUUUCAGCCUUGUGGUUGGAAGAAGGCUUGAGAGUCUCACUUUAAAUUUAGUCCUCAACUUAAUAAAACAGAUGCCGGUAAACUCUG